GCAUGCAUUUAGUUUUACUUGUAUUUAAGAGCAAUUGUAGGCCACGGAAGGAGAGUUGUAAUGGCAUUGAAGCUUGCCUGGAGGGUUGUUACAGUGUCCAAAGAAGGACACUUCAGACCUUCCUCCAGGUUGAGUUCUAUUGAGGCCAGGUUCUCUUUGAUCCUCCUCAGACUCUCCUCGUUGGUGUUGGUCCACUGUGUCUUCUUGUCCAGCUGCUGCCUGCAGGGCCGGACAGUGGGGACCACCUCCAUCUGGCGUGACACCUUCUUCAGGUCACUCACAGAGGCAGAGAGGAGGAUGUUGGGCUUGGCCACAAUAAUCUCAACAGAUAUAGGGUGUUGUGACACACACACACACAAAUUCAAGAGAUGCCUACCAGUCGAUGGUCCUUCAGUGGUCCUUGUGGUUCCUUUGGAGGCUCUGGACUGUCCUCAGUAGAGGUGUGAUUGCCAUCAUCAAGCUGUGUGUCAAGAGAGCUAGCUGGUCAUAGUCCAUUCUCCACAUUCAGUGAAAGAUGGAAAAGUCAUCAGAACUGGAGGAUGAGAUCACGUCAUGAUAUUUUCUCUCUAUCAGCCGAUUCACCCUUCCAGACUGAGGAGACAGAGAAAGGAAUGUACUCAUGGCAGCCAUAGAAUACACUGGCAUUGACCCUCAAGGAAAUGUAGAAUAUGUAGGAAAUCUAACAUGGUUGUACAAGUAGUGAGUAAUACAUGGGUAACUGAAAAUGCAAUAAAUGCAACUCUCAUAACGUUGUUACAGGUCACCUUUGGCCUUUGGUGCACAGCCUUCCCAACCUGUAUACAGGGUACCACAUACACUCAGAGCUCUGGAAAUAAUUAACAAAUGUUUCUGUAAUCAGCAUCUCUACAUGUAUGGCAGAAAUUCCAUUCCAGUGUCUGUUGAUUUCCAACACAGGCACACUUCAUUCUACUGAAUGGGGUACUGAUUAGGUGAUCACCUGAACCAAAUCUUAUUUAACGAGGAAAAGUAUAAAAACCACUGCUGUGGUCAUCACUAUCCUCUUGUAAUAGCACAAGCUGGAUGUUUAAAUCAGUGCUAGUAGUACCUCAAAAGUAAUUGGAAUCCAAAAAUAACUAUUAACCAUGCCAGAAGACUUGAAAAGGAACAUUUUGAGUGAGGAAAAGAAGGGCUUUACUGGCAGAGGGAUACAGGAUGCUUCCAUCCUUAAAAUUUCAAAGACAGCAGUUCAUUUGGGGUGGCAGGUAGCCUAGUGGUUAGAGCGUUGGACUAGUAACCAAAAGGUUUCAAGAUCGAAUCCCAGAGUUGACAAGGUAAAAAUCUGUCAUUCUGCCCCUGAACAAGGCAGUUAACCUACAAAAAGAAUGGCAAAUGCAGCUGAGGUGAAGUGCACAGCGAGGAUGGUUUGAAAUAUGCUCCUAGGGGCAGGGCUGAAGUUGUGCAAAGCUAGAAAAAAGCCCUUCAUCAAUGAGAAGCAAAGAAGUGCCAAGCUGAGGUUUUCAAAAGACCAUAGUAGAGGACUGGAGUAAGGUCAUCUUCUCCGAGGAGUCCAAUUUUCAGCUUUGCCCAACACCUCGUCGUCUAAUGGUUAGACGGAGACCUGGAAAGGCCUACAAAACAGUGUCUCGCACCCACUGUGAAAUUUGUUUGUGAAGGACGCAUGAAUCAAGCCACGUACAAGGUUGUCCUGGAAGAAAACUUGCUUCCUUCUGCUCUGACAAUGUUCACCAACUCUGAGGAUUGUUUUUUCCAGUAGGACAAUGUUCCAUGCGACACAGUCAAGUCAAUCAAGGUGUGGAUGGAGGACCACCAGAUCAAGACCUUGUCAUGGCUAGCCCAGUCUCCAGACUUGAACCCCAUUGAACUUCUGGAAUGUGAUCAAGAGGAAGAUGGAUGGUCACAAGCCAUCAAACAAAGCCAAGCUGCUUGAAUUUUUGAGCCAGGAUGGCAUAAAGUCACCCAACACCAACGUAAAAGACUGGUGGCCAAGACACAUGAAAGCUGUGAUUGAAAAUCAGGGUUAUUCCACCAAAGAAUGAUUUCAGCUCUCUUCCUAAGUUAAAAUAUUAGUAUUAUUAGAGGUCUGACAACACCGCAUCUGUUUAUGUUAUUUUGAUCAGUUGUAAUUUUCUGCAAAUAAAAGCUCUAAAUGACAAUAUUUUAAUUUGGAAUUUGGGAGAAAUGUCAGUAGUUUAUAGAAUAAAACAAAAAUGUUUAAUUUUACCCAAACACAUACCUAUAAAUAGUAAACCCAGAGAAACUGAUCAUUUUGCAGUGGUCUCUUAAGUUAAUGUUAUCCAAAUUUGUGUAUAUACACACUCACACAUAUAUAUUAUAUAUACAUACAAUAUUGAUGGAAAUGUUUCCCCCAGAAAGCAAUGGAUCGUAAUAAUGAGAGAAUCAAAAGAGCUUUAACACGCAGCCCUUAUGUGGUAAAUAUACAAUACAUGUCUGUUUUGUCCUGUUUUUGUUAUAUUAUCACCUUUUAAAUUGAGUGAUGUGUUGACGGAUGAAUCCAAUGAGGGUAAAAACCCCUGAUUCUGUGAUGUGGCCAACCGACAAGGUGUACAGAAGAACAAAACCUGUAAGUCAUUUCAAAAAAUCAGUAACACAUGCAUAUUAGUUAUACAUUCUGCAAUGAGAAAAGCAGUGUUUAAUUCGUUCUUUACUGUUUAUAGCCAAUCAUUGUGAGCUGUGAGCAGGACCAGACAUCUAGGGGCGGAUGGAGCAUCAAUCCAGAGCUUCUCAGCCAGGUCAUCUCUGCUGUUCCCAUAGAGACACAGCAGAUAGAUCAAUCUGUUGAUUCAUAUGGCCAUUUUGGUUGGCUUGGUUUAAUUGACAAUCAUCCAUUCAAGAUGCUAAAGAAUCAAAUACUAUGGAAGGUCCUUGAGGGUCAAUGCCAGUGUAUUCUAUGGCUGCCAUGAGUACAUGCCUUUCUGUCUCCUCAGUCUGGAUGGGUGACUCGGCUGAUAGAGAAAAUAUGAUGAGGUGAACUCGUCCUCCUAUUCUGAUGACUUUUCCAUCUACUCCUUCACUGACUGUGAAUCUGAGGUAAAAGAGUUGUACCCUACCGUCCAUGUCUUUGUUGAGUGACACCACUGUGAGAAGGAUGGUCUCUGAAAGGUUGACUGAUACACAGUGUGAUGAUGAGGAUCAUGUAAGGAGGACACCACCGCUGAAAGUUAAGGAUGAGGAGGAUAGAAAAGGUGACAAAGCUUGAAGUGAGUUAUAUGGUAGAAGACGACGAUCUGUCUCUCCACUCCUACGACGAGUCAGACUUCCUGGUUAGUUCUGCAUGUUGCAUGGGGGAUUGGAAAUUAUACAGACAAUUAUAUUGAUAGAUCUCAAAAUGUAUCUGCAAUAUUAAAGCAGAUCUACCCCCUCUCCCCCACAAAUGUGUGUGUGUGUGUGUCACAUCUUAAUGGUUUGACCCUAUGUCUAGAGAUUAUUGUGGCCAAGGCCAACCUCCUCCUCCCUGCCUCUGUGAGUUCACUGAAUAAGGUGUCGCCAGAUUGAGGUGGUCCCCACUGCCCUGCGGACAGCAGCUGGACAAGAAGACACAGUGGACCAACACCAAUGUGGAUGAUCAAAGAGAACCUGACCUCAAUAGAACUCAAUCUGGAAGAAGGUGUAAAGAUGCACAAUGAUGGUCAGGACAUCAAUCAAGAGGCCGAAGAAGAAUGAGGGAUGCUGUAGAGGAUGGAUUGCAAAGUGGAUGGGGAGGAGGAAGGAGAGACUGAGGGACAAAGACAUGGCUAGGGACGUCAAGAGGAUGGGCGAGCAGGUGAGGGCACUGAUCCAAGUGAUGAAGAGAAACUGCAGUGAAAGUGAUCUUAAGGCAGUAGACCUGAACAGUUGGCUGAAUGACUUGGAGGUUGAAAGUGGCAUUCAAGAAAUGCACAGGAGAGAUGGCUGAAAUUAUAGACAGCUGGGACAGAAAUGCAGACCAGUAUCGUCGAGAACAGGCGCCUCAAGUCUGAAAAAAAUAACCAUGUCCAGAGCUUUAGCCCAGGGAAUGUCUCUGGUCCUGUGUCUGGCAAGACUGGCCUCUCUCCUCUUGUGACCUGAGCACCCCGGACCCUGGCUGAAGCUCUACGGGCACUGCCCUCUGCUGUGGCCCCUCCCUCCCCAGAGAAUGUCCCGAGGCUUCUGACUCCUCUCAGCCCAGUCAUUAUUACUCCGUCCGCUACAGAGAACUUCCCAUACCGCCGCCGCCCUCGGCUGGCCCCCAUAACCAACCUGAGUGUAACCGCCCCCACAGAAAGAAAGAUGGAUCGUAAUGAUGAGAGAAUCAAAAGAGCUUUAAGACGCCGUCCUUAUGUGUUGAAACCAGUGAGGGUGAACACCCCUGAUUCCGUGUUGUGGCCAACCGGCAAGGUGCACAGAAGGCCAAAGCCUUCUAAUUCAGUGCAGACCCCUCAGAUCCACAAAAGGCCUCCAAUCAUUGUGAGCUAUGGGCAGGACCAGACAUCUGGGGAUGGAUGGAGCAUCACUCCAGAGCCUCUCAGCCAGUCUGGAAGGGUGACUCGGCUGAUAGAGAUAAAUUAUCAUGACGUGAUCUCAUCCUCCAGUUCUGAUGACUUUUCCAUCUACUCCUUCACUGACUGUGAAUCUGAGUGUGAUGAUGAGGAUCAUGAAAGGAGGACCCCAAAGCUGAAAGUUGAGAAUGGAAAGGUGACAAAGCUUGAUGUGAGGGAUAUGGACGAGGAUGAUCUGUCUCUCCACUCCUUCGAUGAGUCAGACUUCCUGAGCCCAGGGAAGGUCUCAGGUCCUGUAUCUGUCAAGAAUGGCCUCUCUCCUCUUGUGAGCACAGCACACCGGAACCUGGCUGAAGCCCUACGGGCCCUGCCCUCUGCUGUAGGCUCUCCCUACCCAGUAAAUGUUCCAAGGCCUCGGACUCCUCUCAACCCUGUCAUUAUCACUCCGCCCCGAACAGAGAACUUCCCAUACCGCCACAGCCCUCGCCUGGCUCCCAUCACCAACCUGAGCGAGACCGGCAGGAAGCUGCUCCAGGAAAUGGCUGGAGUGGCCCCACAGGAAGGGAAGGUAAAUAAGAAAAAGAAGGGCAAGGCCAAAAAAGAAUUGAAGCAAGAGAAGGCCAGUAAGAUGCAACAGAUGGGAAAUGUUGGAGAAAGUAAGGAGGAGGACAAGAAAGAGGAAAAGAAGAGUCUGAGGAAAAGGUUUCUUGAGUGGCUGCUGCCCAAACUGAGAUGUUCAAAGAAAUAAUGGCCAACUAUUACUUCUACCACACACACACACACACACACACACACACACACACACACACACACACACACACACACACACACACACACACACACACACACACACACACACACACACACACACACACACACACACACACACACACACACACAGCUUUUGAGUAUUGGUUAUUCCUACAACACACACAAACAUAAUUUCAGAGACGGGAACUAUGAUUAGCAAAAUACAUAUAUUGGUCUCAUUCUUAUAUUUUUAGACAUGCAACAUUAUUUAAAUAAAAAUGAUAUUGAUCCCCAUACAGCCUAUGAUAAUGAGUUGGAUUUACAUGCUUAGGGUUGGAAAUAUAGCCAGGAGAAGCAGGGUCAACACCUCUACUCAUGUUAUAAGUGCCAUGACAUCUUUAGUAACCACAGAGAGAUAAGACCUCUGUCUCAACAGUCUCAUCCAAAGGACAUCACCAACCUCAGGGCAGUGUCACUGGUAUUGGGGUCUUAGGUCUCCUUUGGCCAAAGUGAAGAGUUGAGGGCCCCUUACUGGUCUCCUUGCAAUAUCUGGUCUCCCACACAGAGAUGGAAAUCUACACCUGUUUAGACCUUGGAGGAUAUGGCUUCAGAUGAAAGACAGCAGAGAGAUGCAGAACGUAAAAGCUUCAAACACUGUGAUAUGCAAAUGUAGGACCAUUGUACACUGAAGUGAAGCAUGCAUCUGGUCUGAAGCAUGUCAAAAGAGUAGAAAUGAACUGGGACUGGAGGAAUACAUCACAUUUAAACUAAAUUAUCAUGUAUCUGAUUUAGCUACACUCAUCUGUACUUGAAUUGUGCUGUUUGAAACGUGCAUUUCCAAUAAAGCUUUUUAAAUUGCA